CAAGCAAUUGAAGUUCAUCUCAGUGGCAUUGGCUCCCAAGAGACAUUGGCACGGCCUCGCAAGUUAGUUUGUGGAUUGUGUAGCAAGAUCGACUGAAGCAACGAAGUGGCUGCAUAAUGGGGACCGAUCAUGAGUGGAAGAUUGGUAGAGGAACUUCUCUUUCAGUCAGUAAGCUGUCACUCUUGCUACUUGUUUUGACUCUGGGCAGUGUCGAGUUCAUGGUUGUUUCAGGUAGUCCUCUACAGACCAACCAGAACAGAAAGCUCCUACAAUUGGUGGAGUUGCCAAGUCUGCCGCCGAUUAUUCUUCCGACUCUCUUCUCACCCCCACCUCCAAAAGGGAAGUCCCCUCCACCUCCCCCACCAAAAGAGAGAUCUCCUCCUCCUCCUCCAAAAGAUAAGUCCCCUCCGCCUCCUCCUCAAGUGAAGUCCCCUCCACCUCCCCCUCCAAAAGAGAAGUCCCCUCCACCUCCUCCACCAAAGGAUAAGUCUCCUCCACCUCCUCCUCCAAAGGAUAAGUCCCCUCCACCUCCUCCUCCAAAAGAGAAGUCCCCUCCACCUCCUCCAAAAGAGAAGUCCCCUCCACCACCUCCUCCAAAAGAGAAGUCCCCUCCACCUCCCCCUCCAAAAGAGAAGUCCCCUCCACCUCCUCCACCAAAGGUUAAGUCUCCUCCACCUCCUCCUCCAAAGGAUAAGUCCCCUCCACCUCCUCCUCCAAAAGAGAAGUCCCCUCCACCUCCUCCAAAAGAGAAGUCCCCUCCACCACCUCCUCCAAAAGAGAAGUCUCCUCCACCUCCUCCACCAAAGGAUAAGUCCCCUCCACCUCCUCCUCCAAAGGAUAAAUCCCCUCCACCUCCUCCUCCAAAAGAGAAAUCCCCUCCACCUCCUCCAAAAGAGAAGUCCCCUCCACCACCUCCUCCAAAGGAGAAGUCCCCGCCUCCUCCUCCACCUAAAGACGACGAAAACGACGAUUGAUCUCGUCCAACUUUAAAUGUUCUCCCUUACAGAACAGAUUAUGUGUUCUUUGAAGCAAGGAGGAGGGUUCGUUUACUCAUGAGAUGAACCUAUGGCUACAAAGCUGCUUCGUCUGCGACCAAAUAAUCCACAUAUCACGGUAUCGGUCGCCAUGUUCAAUAUGGAAACACCAUCUCCUGGACCGUCUGGUUUUCGACUUCGUUUUAGAUAUGCGAGUAAAUACUAUUUCGUAAGACCGGAGAGAGAUACGAAGUCGUAGCAUCUCCGAUAAGUUGAUUUCGUUAGAACUCUCAGUCCUGAUUCUGCAAUAAAGUGCAAAAGGCACGAUUCGGUCGUCGAUUUGAGCGCAAAAGAUUUGUCUCUCUAG